GAUUCAUUGGAAUUCAUUCCAUUCAUACAUCAUCAUCAUCAUCAUUUUUUUAAAGUUUCGGUAGCAACCAAAGACCAAGAAGAAGAAGAAGAAGAAGAAGAAAAUGGCUACAAGUUUUGUUGUUGAUCGUGAAAAUCUUAAACAACGUUUAACCAAUUUACAGUAUAAUGUAACACAAAAUGGUUAUACUGAAGAACCAUUUACAGGUGAAUAUAAUAAUUGUAAUGAUGGUGGUAUAUAUUCUUGUAUUGUUUGUGAACAACAAUUAUUUACAUCGGAAACAAAAUAUGAAUCUGGUUGUGGUUGGCCAGCAUUUUUUGAUUCAUUAGAUAUGAAUAAACUUUGUUUUAAACCUGAUUAUAAAAAAGCACCACGUAUUCGUACGGAAAUUACCUGUGCAAAAUGUGAUGCACAUUUAGGUCAUCUUUUUGAAAAUGGACCAAAACCAACCGGUAAACGUUAUUGUAUCAAUUCUGCAUCAUUAAAAUUUGAACGUUUUCCACAACAACAUUCCUAGCGUCCCAAAAAAUGAAAUAAUAAAAUCGAAGCUAAAAUGAAAAAAA